AUGAGUGAGGAACAAGAAAAGAGCAGAAGCAGGAACAGAAACCGGAAGGGGAGAAAUUAUGUCCCCUUCCUGCUCGUGAAGCAACCCGAGGAGCCCUCGGCCCUUCGGACGCAUCUACAGUAUAACUUUAGGAAGGCUCGACCUCUUCAGAUGCGCCCGCAGCCCACGACGCCCUCAGUUCUCCCUUCGAGACGCACCCACACAUCCAAGGAAUCCUCGGCCCUCUCUUCAGACGCACCCGUUACCCAUGAACUCUCGGCCCUCUCACCAAGGAUUCUUCAGCCCUCUGACCAAGGAGCCCUCAUCUUCAGCCCUCUCACCAAGGAGAAGGAGCCUCUCACCAAGGAGCCUCAGCCCUCUCACCAAGGAGCCCUCAGCCUCUCACCAAGAGCAGCCCUCUCACCAAGGACCCUCUCACCAAGGAGUCCUCAGCCUCUGACCAAGGAGCCCUCAGCCCUCUCACCAAGGAGUCUUCAGCCUUCUUACCAAGGAGCCCUCAGCCCUCCCACCAAGGAGUCUUCAGCCCUCUUACCAAAGCCCUCAGCCCUCUCACCAAGGAGUCCUCAGCCCUCUGACCAAGGAGCCCUCAGAGCCCUCAGCCCUCUGACCAAGGAGCCCUCAGCUCUCUCACCAAGGAGUCUUCAGCCUUCUACCAAGGAGCCCUCAGCCCUUCUCACUCACCAAGGAGUCUUCAGCCCUCUCACCAAGGACCCUCAGCCCUCUCACCAAGGAGCCUCAGCCCUCUCACCUCAGCCCUCAGCCCUCUCACCAAGGAGCCCUCAGCCUCUCACCAAGGAGAGCCCUCUCACCAAGGAGCUCAGCCCUCUCUCAGACCAGGAGCCCUCAGGGAGCCCUCAGCCCUCUCACCAAGGAGUCUUUCAGCCUCUGACCAAGGAGCCCUCACCCUCUCACCAAGGAGUCCUCAGCCCUCUGACCAAGGAGCCCUCAGCCCUCUCACCAAGGAGAUACCAGAGCCUCAGCCCUCUCAGCCCUCACCCUCUCACCAAGGAGUCUUCAGCCCUCUCACCAAGGAGCCUCAGCCCUCUGACCAAGGAGCCCUCAGCCUCUCUCACCAAGGAGUCUUCAGCCUUCUUACCAAGGAGCCCUCAGCCCUCUGACCAAGGAGCCUCAGCCCUCUCACCAAGGAGUCUUCAGCCCUCUGACCAGCCCUCACUCACCAAGGAGCCCUCAGCCCUCUCACCAAGGAGUCUUCAGCCCUCUCACCAGGAGCCCUCACCCUCAGCCCUCUCACCAAGGAGUCCUCAGCCCUCUGACAACGGAGCCCUCAGCCCUCUCACCAAGAGCCCUCAGCCCUCUCCCAACUUCAGCCCUCUUACCAAGGACCCUCUCACCAAGGAGCCCUCAGCCCUCUCACCAAGGAGUCCUCAGCCCUGCCCUCGGAAGCGCCGCCGCCCCAAGAAGCCCAUCCGCAGACGUAGCCCUACCCUAAAGAGCCCUCAGCCCGCCCGUAGGAUGCGUCGACGCCAACGGCACCCAGAGGCCCUUCGCCCAGCCCCCCGCGCCCCGCAUACCCCGGCGAGGGCACACUGGCCCUGA